UUGGCUCACGCACAAGCUUAGGCAUAUUGUAUGUAUAUAUGGACAUGUGAGGCUGGACCUGAAUUAAAGCGCCUCGCUGCCCAGAACUCGAGAUUGAGACCGAACGAGGCCGUGUUCUUCGACGACGUCAUGGUCAGAUGGACGUGGACAUGGUCAGCGCAUAUAGCAAGCAAGCCUAACCGUCUAUCCUAUGGAUACAUAGGACGCUAGGACGCCAUACGUUUAAUUUACUGAAGGAACCACACCACCACCCCAUCAACCCGUAGUUGGCAGCUGGGAGAUCAGUGGACAUCGGGAUUGUCCGACGGGUGAUUGAACAAGCCUCAGCUCAUAGGUGGGUGGGUGAGUAGGUGGUUGAGACUGGAUGGCCCCAACGGUUGGACCCACGCGCCCCUCAGAAACGCAGGCACGAGGGAACAGACCACCAACUAGACAGGGCCACGGAGAAAGCUAGUUGAUUCACCCCAGCGCCCAAAGGCAGGGCCCCCGUCCCGCAUCAGCUAGUUCGUUCGAACCGGCCAUCCCGCUCCCGCCUAGACUACAACGGGUGUCCGAGGAUCAGGGGGGCAUCGCUGCCCAUCUCAGGCCUGGGUUUGACGCCAGGCCAGCACUGGCUUUCCAACGCGAAUUCAAAGGAUAUCACCCAGGUGGCUGAGCUGCUCAUGCUGGGUCCCGCUCAGGUCCCACUCGAUGGCCUCAGCCAGCCUCAAACCCAUAGUCACAUCGAAUCGAGUUCAAGUUCAUGAACUUGGAUGACGAGCCUGACUGUUCCUCUUGAGCCGUGCGUGAGUGACGGAGUCGGAUGGGAUCGCUUUUCGAGGGCUUGAUGUUCCCCUGUGCCUCAUUCGUUCCCCAAGUUUGACAUUCGGGGUGCUGGAACUCGGGGCUCAAAAACUACUAUGAGUGCGGCUUGGGCCAUUGGCCUGGUUUUAUGGGGCUGUUGCCUCAAUGUGAUCUCCUUGGAGUUUCUCGUCAAAGAGGAUCCAGGUUGCGGGAAUCUCAUCACAUUCUGCUCGUUCCUAUUUAUCUCCAUCGAGGGAUUCAUUUUCACCACCAAAUGCGGAACCUUGGGCCCGAUCGUUCCUUUCCGUUCGUGGACCACUCUAGUCGUGAUGUACUUCAUCAUCAGUGUCACCAACAACUAUGCUCUAAAUUUCAAUAUUUCGAUGCCGCUGCACAUGAUCUUCAGAGCGGGGUCAUUAAUGGCCAAUAUGGUCAUGGGCAUGGUCAUCCUUCACAAGCGCUAUUCCCCCAUGAAGUAUUUGUCUGUGAUAUUGAUCUCUUUGGGCAUUGGGCUGUGUACAAUCAUGUCGAGCCAAAACGUGACGAGCAAAUCCAAAGAUUCCAACCUUAACCACUCGGGAAACGCAACCAAUGCGAAACAUGAAAGCUCUACCAUCCACCCUGAUGAGGACAACGAUCACGACUCUUGGGAUAUGAUUAUGUGGUGCAUAGGCCUGGCCAUGCUUACUUUUGCUCUUUUCAUGUCAGCCCGAAUGGGGAUCUAUCAAGAAGUGAUUUACAAGAAAUUUGGCAAGCAUCCCAAGGAAGCUUUAUUCUACUCGCAUUGCCUCCCAUUGCCAGGUUUCCUGUUUCUAAGUCAGAAUAUCUAUACUCACUUCAUGAUUGCCAUGAACUCGCCGGCAUUAUCAAUCCUGGGUUUGGUGGAAGUGCCCCGAAUGAUGUUCUAUUUACUCUGCAACGUCUUGACGCAAUAUAUGUGCAUCUCGGCUGUGUUCACAUUGACGAGUGAGUGCGCGAGUCUCACCGUGACGCUUGUGGUCACUCUGCGGAAGUUCUUGUCGCUGCUGUUCUCGAUCUGGUACUUUCAGAACCCGUUCACUUUGUGGCAUUGGGUGGGAACGCUCAUGGUGUUCUCGGGCACGCUUUUGUUCUCUGAUGUCCCCGGAAUGAUCAAGAAAGCCAGAGAACAACAGCCAGACAAAGAUCAAAGCAAGAAGAUACAAUAAUCUGGUUAAAUAUGCAAACUCAUUCUAAUGGUAUUCACACAUCUAAAUUGAAACAACAGAACAGUUUAUUACAUCUGAAAACAAAUGAAAUUGGCACUCAAUUGAUAUCACCGUGCAAAACAAAA